UCACACGAGCCAGUGUAUGUUUCAUCUGGGAGGGGAUACUUUAUAUUUUGACCCUUUUCUGAUAGCAGAUUGCUGAGCGACUGCGCCCACGUCGUGAAAAACACCUGUAUGAGAGGAGGAAUUUUUUGUGCGCCUGCGUCUUUACGGUAGCCGUUGAUCCCGCCCUCCCUUUUGAUAGAAAACUCGGUGAUGUCGCUCGGUCUUUAACGAGCUUGACCCAGAACCCGGAGAAGGAGGGGGGGAAAAAAAGAGGGCAGAAAACAGUAAAAAAAAAAACGACCGUCUGGAAGGGGCAGGCUUUUCAAGAGCAGUCCAUUUCUACCUGCUUCUGGGGCUCGGUAGUUGGGUCACUUUCCACAUGAACAACUAAAGCGCCACUUCUGACCUUGGUGUGAUCUCUCACCUCUUCUACCAAAACCACGCCCACAGGUUAAGUGUGUAUGGAGCAGUGUGAGAGCGCAGCGGCUCUGCUGGAGUCGGUCAGGGAGCAGGAGGUGCAGUUUGAACAGCUGACCAGAGCGCUGGAGGAGGAGAGGAGGAGAGUGGGCCUCCCCGCCACUAGCCCCUCAACCUUGGGUCGUCCCCUCCCUCACACACAGAACGGGCGUUUAGGGGAUGCAGACAUAGAACGACUGAAGCUGACAGACACGUAUAUAAACGGCACACAGUACAGGAUGGUGGACCCCGCACAUGGCGCUCUAGAUGAGAGCUACACACCAGAGGAUGAAUCUCAGGAAGUGCAUUCAGUCUUUUCCGAAGAAGGAACCACACGGCGGAUGGAUAAUGGGAUGAAGAAACCGAUAUCGCGCACAGUCCUGCCUACUGAGUCAUUGUCCAUCGAUGGGGGCUUGUCAGUGCCUGGUAUGGGCGUCUACAGCGCCACAUUGGACCGUCCUUACAGGCAGCCUGGUGGAAUGGACUACCCCACUGCUACAGUACCCAGAAACUACCACUAUGGCCCUGUGGGUGGUUACGAUGACUAUCGCGGAGGUCCGCCAUCAGAGGCCUACGCUAGUCUGAGCAGGGGUUCACACAUGGAUGAUCGCUACAGGCCAAUGGAUGGCUACAGGACUCUGGACUCUGGCUACCGGGCUCCGAGCCGCCAGCAGCUCGACCCGUACGCAGCACAGCCCCAGGUGGGUCGGGCAAUGAGGGCCAUGGGCUCUGCGAUGGAGAUGCGGUAUGGGCACGGCCACUAUGGUUUGGAGGAUGAUCAGCGUAGCAUGGGAUAUGAUGAAUAUGGAAUGGGGCCUCCACCCAUGCACCCUGGAGGCUAUGGUACCAUGCCACGCCUGGGACCGGGACCUGGGGGAAUCGAUAGACGAAGACUGAGGAGCUGCGAGGACACUUUGGACAGUGACAUGGGCAGCGUUGAGCCAUACGCCUGGGCCGUCCCGAUGACGAUGGAGAGAGGAAGCAUGGCUUCUCUGGACAGCACAUUGAGAAAACCUCCUACUUCGUGGAGACAGCCAGAGCUCCCGGAGGUUAUCGCCAUGUUGAAUUACCGCCUGGACCCUGUCAAAACCAAUGCUGCUGCCUUCCUCCAGCACCUCACAUUCAAAAACGACAAGGUUAAAUCAGAGGUGCGCCGCCUGAAGGGCAUCCCAGCUUUGGUAUCGAUGCUGGACCAUCCUAGUAAGGAUGUGCACCACUCAGCCUGUGGGGCUCUGAAGAAUAUUUCAUAUGGACGAGACCAAGACAACAAGAUCGCCAUCAAGAACUGCGAUGGUGUACCUGCUCUGGUCCGAUUACUGAGGAAAACACACAACCAGGAUCUCACAGACACUAUCACAGGCACCUUGUGGAACCUUUCAUCCCACGAUUCAGUUAAGAUGGAGAUUGUGGACCACGCCCUGCAUGCUCUAGUUGACGAGGUGAUCGUUCCACACUCAGGCUGGGAGAGAGGGAACAGCGGAGGAGGAGAAGAAAGCUGCAAACCACGCCAUAUGGAGUGGCAGACCGCCUUGACCAACACUGCUGGCUGCCUUAGGAAUGUGAGUUCAGAACGCAGCGAGGCCAGACGAAAGCUGAGGGAAUGCACGGGGCUGGUGGAUUCACUUAUGUACAUGGUCCAGUCACAGAUCAACUGCAAAGAUGUGGACAAUAAGCUGGUGGAGAACUGCGUCUGCCUCCUGAGGAAUCUGUCCUAUCAGGUUCACCGUGAAAUCCCCGGCUGUGAACAAUACGCAGAGGCCAUACCUGUCAACCAGGGCCCGGCUCCAGCCAGCAAGGGCGGCUGCUUUGGCUCUAGAAAAGGCAAAGAUGAGUGGUUUUCCAAAGGAAAGAAGGAUGUAGAUGAUGGAAGUGCAGAUAUGGUUGAUAUUCCAAAGAGAACGACACCUGCCAGAGGUUAUGAGCUUUUGUUCCAGCCUGAAGUGGUUCGUGUUUACACGUCACUGCUCAAAGAGACCCAGAACCCAUCGGUGCUCGAGGCUGCUGCCGGCGCCAUCCAGAACCUGUGUGCUGGCCGGUGGACUUACGGUCGGUAUAUCAGGGCCAAGGUGCGUCAUGAGCAGGGACUCCCCAUGAUGGCAGAACUGCUGGCUCAUGGCAAUGACCGUGUGGUUCGUGCAAUGUCUGGAGCUUUGAGGAAUCUUGCCAUUGACAACCGUAACUGUGAACUGCUAGGUUUGCAUGCAGUGCCUCACCUUGUGGCCAACCUGCCUGGAGCUCAGAAUCAGUCUGGGCGUAAUCUAUCCGAGGAGACGGUUGUGUCUGUACUGAGCACGCUCACUGAGGUGCUAGGCAACAGAUUGGAGCCAGCAAAGGUCCUUCGAGAGAAACGAGGCAUCGAGAGCCUGGUGCUAAUCAACAAAGAUGGCAAGCGCUCUGAUCGCGAAGUGCGGGGGGCGAGCCAGGUCCUGCAGCUCGUCUGGGCUCACAAGGAACUGCGCCGACCUCUUGAGAAAGACGGCUGGAAGAAGACUGACUUCAUGGUUAACAUUAACCCAGGCACCACUACCACUAACGGCCCGAGCACUCGAGCUAACGGCACCUAUGAAGACAGCACUACACCCCUCCUGGACAGAGGGGAAAAGAGGGACAUGAUUCCCCUGAAUGACAUUGGCCCUGAGGCCUACUCUACACUGGACCAGAAAGAAAGGAGACACACUCUGGAUGAGACCACAGACACUUUACCGCGAGGGGUGUAUGGGGGCAGAAAGGGCUCCCUGCCUCUAUUGGACUCCUACGAUGGUUAGCCCUCCCCCAUCCCCUCUACCCCCCUCUGCAUGUAACAGCAUGAAAAACUGAUAGUUUGCAUCACCCAGACUGGGCCGUCCCUGCCCUACCACUGCUACUGAGGAGAGAAGAUCCAGACUCUCCCUCUCCUCUCACCCCUUCCUUUCCCCAUUUCUCUCUCUUAUCACCACACAGAUGGGAUCAAAACAUGGGGGCGGGGGGGUUGGCAUCCAAAGAAAGUGGUUGUGUUGCAGGCAAAGACUUUCAACACACACACACACACACACACACACACACACACACACACACACACACACACACACACACACACACACACACGUGCAAAUUCAGUUGUAGCAGCAGAAAUGUAUUCCGUUUAUAACUUAUAAUUAUUCUGUAAAGGCAAUCACCUUUGUUGACAAUCAUUUGAUUCUGGUGUUGUCCUCCGGCUUGCUUUUUCUUUUUUCUUUUUUUCUUUUUUCUCAUGCUGUUAACUUUUUUUAUUUUUUCCUCCUCGCAAUUUUAUUGCCAUGUUACAGCCACCUGACAUUGGCCCUGAUAAGUUUGUAUUUAGACAUUUAAGUAGGGUAUAUACUGUAUAUAAAAAGAAAAAGGGGGGUGACUGCAGUAGUUUUGGCUCAUUAAUUUAAGUCAUCCCUGUACUGGGAUCAUUGGGAGGUUGGGACACACCGGCAGCCCGCCCUGUAGAUUGAGAAUGUUUAUAUAGGAGUUAUUUUCCUGUCUAGAGUUAUUUUCUCUCAGUUGGGAUGACAAGAAGGGGCAGGUGUGUGUAUAUUUAUCAUACAGUAAACCUGUGGGCGUGUGUGCACGUGGAAAAUGAAUAUGGACCUUUUUGAAUGAUUGUGUGUUGAUCCAGAUGACACCACAUGUUUAUUCCAUCAGUCAUGCUGUCUUUUUUUUUUUUUUCUUCUUUUUUUUUGCUUCUCUUCCUGUGAGGAAGCUGUUUUUGUUUUGUUCCCUUUUGUCCCUCCACACAUGGAACACUUAGGAGAAUUUCAGCUGCUUUAUUUUGGAUUUUCCUGUUUGGGUUUAGCCAACUAAACCAGCCAACACGUCAGACCUGGUACUGAGAUGAGAAGCUGUGAACAAACACUACUAAGCCACUAAAAUAUUUCGACAUACAGCUUCAGAAGGCCCUUAACCAUUCCUGUACACCUACCUGUUCAUCCUUUUUGUUUUUUCUUUCAUUUUUCUUCUGGACCAGCUGGAGUGACUUUUUGGAAGAAAUUUAAAUAUAAAAUUCUGUAGCUGUUUUUUAUACAUGCUUGUCUGUGUUACAAAAAAAACAUUUGGGAGGCUUCUUUACUCAGAGGAGACUCGAGUUUUAACAGGUUGGGAGAGAUACAGGUGUAAUUUAAAGUGGGAGGCUGGCAGAAGGCACAUUUGUUUUUGGGUUUGUUUGUUUUUUGGUUUUUUUUGUAUUUCUUUGUUUGUUUAUUUUUAUUUUCUGGAGGUUUAUAUGUAUGGGAGUGGUGGAUGAGAGCAUUAUGCAAUUUGUUCUACUUUAUAAUUCCACUUUUACAGCAGAGUUGUUUUAAAGGCAAAAGAGACCAAUCAUCCUUUUUUUUUUUUUUUUUUUAACUCUUCACACACAUAGUAUAUUUGUACUGUUGCCUAUCCAUGUAAAAUUAUGAUGUACCAUUCAUUACCUGCCUUGGCUCUGAGAAGUUGCUUUUUUUUUUUUUUUUUCAGUGACGUAUGUAACUGGUUGUUUUUUAUAAAUAAAGAUCUUUUCCUAGAC